AUGCUUGCAAACCGGCUAGGCUUUAGCCAGCUGGCGGUGAAUCGUGUUUGGAAAAGAAAAUUUCAACUUCCUUCAAACUAUAAGCCCAAUGGAAGGUUCGUGAACACGUUGCCAUUCACAAAACUCGUGAACAUCUGGUGGAACUCUCUUCGACCAGGACGUCUUGAGCAACUACAACAGGAAUUGCUCGAUCACCACUUUCUGCUCGAGAAAAAGGAAAAUCAGGGAGUAAAAAGAGAGGCAAAGAAGGUUACUAUUGACAAGGAUGGGAACUGGAUCAAUGAAGUUGCGUUGGAGGUGGUGAAUGGAAAGGACUACAAAACCAAGCAUGUAGUGUUUCUUCACGGCUAUGGUGCCUCUCUUGGAUGUUUUGCAAGAAAUUUUCAUGUCAUCAACAGAUUUAGGGGACUCAAACAUAACUACAAAGUACACUUUCUUGAUAACAUCACAUUUGCAUUGAGUUCGAACCCAGAGAUUAAGAGUAUCGAUUACAGUGCUCCAAUCCCUCAAGUCACCCAUAUAAAGAUGAAUGAUACCAAGGAGACGGACCCUAAACUACUUUACAAGAAAUACUAUAAGCUUAUAGAUGGCUAUACUUUCGAUAAAGAGGCAUUCAAGGAGUCGAGGGACAAGCUCAUGCCCAUCAUGGAAGAUAUGGAGAAGUUUUACACCACGGCAUUGGAUGGAUGGAGAAGGGCCUCGGGAAUUGACAAGAUAGACUUCCUUGUCGGUCACUCUUUUGGUGGCUAUUGGUCUGGCUCAUAUGCUUUAAGAAACCCUUCGAAAGUGGAGCAGGUGGUGCUUUUGUCGCCUGUUGGAGUGGAAAGAACAGCAUUUGCGUUGACAGCGCCAAUUCCAGAGCAAGAAGAGAACCAGCCCACACUCGAUCCCACCUCGUACAAUUUCUUGAGCAGAUUUCCCAUCCUUCUGCAGAACAGCAUAUACAAGUGGUAUUACAUCCAGCCCAAGUUGCCUCGCUUGUUGAAGUUCAUGGGUCCUUGGGGAGUUGCAAAAUACUACUCAAUGUGGUAUAGCAAGCUUUUUGCUAUCAAUAAGGUGAUCAAGAAGCUCGGCGGUGAGAAGGUAUUCAAGAGUGAAAAUGAAUUGGUCUACGGGACAAAUACAGAAUGCUGUCUUCUUGUGGAGUACCUUUACAACUCCAUUACCACGGGGACCAAAUCUGAUAUCCAUGUGAAGUACUUGUUGAACCCAUCCACAACAAGCAGAUGGCCGCUCUAUGACAAGUUCAUAGAAGCUUCAGGCGAAACUCUAUCUAAGUUUAAGUUGCAUGUUGUCUACGGUCAAUAUGACUUCAUGAACAGCGAGGCAGGUGAAAAGAUGGUGGAGCGUCUCAACAAGAAGAACGACACUCCGGUGGCCCGGUACUAUACAGUUGCCGAGGGAGGCCACAACUUGUAUAUCCAAAACCCCUUCGGCACCAACGAGCUAUUGGAAAGGAUCGUCAAGGAAGCCGAAGACUCAUAA